UGCAGUGACGGGCUGGGCCAGUCCAUAGCCAGGCGCAUCUUCCCGGAUUCGGUGUCUGUGGGUGUAUUAGCAGGGAGCUGAGUCAGAAGUGGAGCAGACAGGACAGGAACCUGUUCCUGCUUGCACUUCUGGUGGCUUAAUCUGCAUAAUAGUGUCAUAACCCAGCCUGAUUUUUUUGUUUUAAAGAGCCAGAUAGAAAAUAUUUUACGUUGUGUGAGACAAGAGGCAGAGCCAAGGCUGUAAGUAGGUGCUUGUAUAAUGAGAAAACAAAACAAAACACAUGUCCCCAGGAUUUUUAUUGGUGAAAUUUGACCGUAGUGUUUUGUAGUAGGUUUCUCUGGCUGAUUGUGGGAAUCCUGCUGAGAGCAAACAUGCUCAAGCAGGGCUCUGAGAGCGUUGCCCCUUGGCCCAGGAGAGCUCCAGGCUGGACCAACCAUGUCAGUGCCCUGAGCCCUUGCUGUGGCGAUCCCCUGCCUGCCAAGGCGCCCUGCACCCCGCCGUGCCUGCGCUGGGCUGCCCUCCCUGGGACCUGGACCUACUCGUUUUCUAACUUGAUGCUGGUGUGAAGGUCACCUGCACCACGCACCGCUUUUGGUUGCCGUGUGGUGCUGUAUCAGCCGUACAAGAUAGCCUUGCCCUAUUACCAAACAGCUCUGUGUGAGGUGAUGCCCACGGAGGGCUGCUGGUGUUCUGAGCAUGAUUAGCAAGCUCUGGGCCAGGCUGGCACAGAUGGCUUCAUCUGUCACAAGCAACAGAGCACCUGCAUUAUAGCUGGCAGGUCUGUUUAUUGAUCUGGCAAUACUGAUGGUUGUAGUUGGUAAUGAGGACGUUGAAUUCAAGGGCCCUUCUUAUUUGCAAACCCUUCUGGAAUAUUCUGCAUCGUAAGGACAUUGACAGCAAAUCCAACCUCUUCAGUAAACUAGGAAGUUAGCCCUAAAGAAGCGUGGAGCUUGCUUAGGGGACACUGCUAGCUAGUUCCAAAGUGGUGACUCACGCAGCAGGCCUGGAGCAGACAGGUAGAGGGCUCUUCAAACUGCUGAGCCACAAGGGCCGAGAGCAGCGUGUCUGGACUGUGGCUGCCAGGUCCCCACUGCAGCACCGCUUGUCCCCCUGAAGGGGCAGCCCCCAUGCUGUCUGCUGUGUGUCUAGCCCCAGUGUUCAAACUUGCAGGGUGGUCAGGCCUGCCCACCAACACAGGCCUGGACUGCAGUGCGGUCAGCUGCCUGUGGGCACGUGUGUUUAUGGGUUUGCGUAGUCUGUGGGUGCUGCCUGCUUCUACAACUUCUCAGGCUGUAAACAGCCUCUGCGGGCCCUGCAGGGGAAGCUGUGGUUUCUGCUCUUCCUGUUCACUCGGGGUUGUCACAGGCCAGCUUGCAUCGCGCCAUGUUUUCCAGCCAGUUCAGAGGCGAAUAGAGAAUGCCCGGCCUGCCAGUGGAGGGAAGGAGCCUGGAGCCUUCCAAGCCAGCCCUCGGAGGAGCAUCCAUGGAGAGGGAGCCUGGAAUUGUGUCGCCAUUUAAGCGAGUUUUCCUGAAAGGUGAGAAGAGUCGAGACAAGAAAGCUCACGAGAAGGUGACCGAGAGGCGGCCGCUGCACACAGUGGUGCUGGCCCUGCCGGAACGUGUGGAGCCAGACAGACUGCUGAGCGACUACAUCGAAAAGGAAGUGAAGUACUUAGGCCAGUUAACGUCCAUCCCCGGGUACCUGAAUCCCUCUAGCCGGACAGAAAUCCUGCAUUUCAUAGACAACGCAAAGCGAGCCCACCAGCUCCCUGGGCACCUGACGCCGGAGCAUGAUGCCGUGCUCAGCCUGUCGGCCUACAACGUCAAGCUGACCUGGAGGGACGGUGAGGAUAUCAUCCUCAGGGUGCCCAUCCAUGACAUCGCUGCCGUCUCCUACGUCCGGGAUGACGCCGCACACCUCGUGGUCCUGAAGACAGCCCAGGACCCUGGCAUCUCUCCCAGCCAGAGUCUGUCUGCAGAAAGUUCCCGAGGCCUCAGUGCAGGAUCCCUAUCCGAGAGCGCCGUGGGGCCCGUGGAGGCCUGCUGUCUGGUCAUCCUGGCUGCUGAGAGCAAGGCGGCUGCGGAAGAGCUGUGCGCCCUGCUCGGCCAGGUCUUCCAGAUCGUUUACACGGAGUCUACCAUUGACUUUCUGGACAGAGCCAUCUUCGACGGGGCCUCCACCCCCACCCGCCACCUGUCGCUGCACAGUGAUGACUCUUCCACCAAAGUGGACCUGAAGGAACCCUACGAGGCAGAGAGCAGCACCUUCUGCUUCCUGGACUCUGCAGACACCGGGAGCCUACCGCCCCUGUCCUUCUGCGUGCCGGCCCUGCCACAUGGCACGGUGGCCAGCGAAAGCGAGCUGAGCACCAGUGCCACAGAGCUGUUGCAGGACUAUAUGCUGACGCUGCGCACCAAGCUGUCAUCACAGGAAAUCCAGCAGUUCGCGGCACUGCUGCAUGAGUACCGCCACGGUGCCUCUGUGCAUGAGUUCUGCAUCAGCCUGCGGCAGCUCUACGGCGACAGCCGCAAGUUCCUGCUGCUUGGUCUGAGGCCUUUCAUCCCCGAGAAGGACAGCCAGCACUUCGAGAACUUCCUGGAGACCAUUGGUGUGAAGGACGGCCGUGGCAUCCUCACCGACAGCUUUGGCAGGCACCGGCGGGCCCUCAGCAGCACCUCCGCCUCCACCACCAAUGGGGACAGGGCCGCGGGCAGCCCUGACGGCGGCUCAGCACCCUCUGAGGGCGACGAGUGGGACCGCAUGAUCUCCGAUAUCAGCAGCGACAUCGAGGCCCUAGGAUGCAGCAUGGACCAGGACUCAGCCUGAUGGGAGUGGGCAGUGCCCACUCGCCCAGUUCCUCCCGGACCCGCGUGGCAGCCCUUCCUGCUGACUGGGGGCUGCGGGCAGCCGAGUCCGCUACUGUGAAGGAGCACGGAGCUGCCUUGGGAUAUGCGCCUUGCCAGCUCGGGAGGCCCAGCCAUGUCUGCACCAUGUCCCUACUCAUGGGAGCCAGGCCAGGCUGCUCUGUUUGCACACAAUCUUGUUGCGACUCUCAGAGACGUAAAAAGUUUACUGCAAUGUGAAUAAUUUAACCUC